UAUUUACAAAUCGCGUUUCCAACCUUAUAGAUUAAUGUAAAUUUGUUCUUUUGGGCUUGUCCAUCAUCUGAAUAAUACAGUGUUUCAGUAUAGGGAUAAGGAAAUAGAAACCUGUUAGGCCAUUAUGUUUAAGUUAACGUUUGACCUGAACAGUGAAAUAUGUUGAAAAAACCCAGAAUUAAGAUCUGUGGACAAUGUCAAUCAUUUGUGGGAGAUAACUUGUAAUUGUAUUACUGGCCAACCAACUCAUCAAAAAAGAAGCAAGACCCACUGCAUUCCAAAGUAGUCAACUUGCAUAAAGAAUGUAUAAUUAUUAAUAUGAUACACCUACAGUCCACUGUGUCAGUUUUAGGUAUAAUGAGAGUGCAGCGGAAAAUAUUUUGGUGGCAAUGGGAGAGAGAAAGAGACGAGAACACAAAUCGAUAGAAAAUCGAUAAAAUUCGAAGACACUCCCAAGUUGUCACUUCUAUAGAUUAUAGAAAUGGAAGGCAAUAUAAAUAUAAAAGAAUCUGUUGUGUCAGGAUGGGACAUGAUGAAAAGAACAAGAAAACAACGGCGACAACUGCAAAGAGAAACAGGAUCACAAAUGAUGAAGUUCGAUCUAUUCCUGUAGCUCUCUUCUAAUAAAAGAUCGAUCGAUAAUGUUCGAUCUGUUCCUAGACUCGUUUAAUUGACUGAUAUUCGAUAUUGCAGCGCACGUUCUACAUUCUUUUCGAAAACGUACAAUCUGAAAGUGGGCCUAGUAGAUUAACUUUCAAGCGACUGUCUCAGGAUGCGGUGAGAUUUUUGGCAGUCGUAUGGAUUUCUCCGAAAUAGGCUCACUUUGCUGGAUGCUUAACACAUUUUUAUUUUCACCUUCAGUCACUGAGAUGAGUUUCAAAAUGCUUCGUUUAAUCCAUUUACGUUUAAGAAACGCAACAGGUUUUUCUUGCAGUGUACAUGUUUUAUGUGCAAAUAACGUUCUGAUUCUGCGGGAACCGAGCUAGCAAUUCUGUAUAAAGGUUGAAGACAAUAAACAACUACACACGCAUCCCAGGGUUCCACGGAACAGUUUGAUGAACACUGGUAUAGUGCAAGCUGUAUGGGUGUUAAAGGCAGACGUAAAGUCAAGUUGACGUGAUCUCUCUGUAUAAUGCCCUCUGUCAGUGAAAAUUAAUUCAUCCAGUGAAUCUGUAAGAGUGUGAUGUUGCCAGUUGGUAGCACAAGAGGGCCCGAUGCCAAGUGCGUCCAGAAAUAGUCUUGGAGGGUUCCAUAACUGCGUCAGUGGGCGAACUAUUUCAGUGUUCUGUAAACCAUCGAUUGAAUAAGAUGAGGUCUGUUGGUGGGUCCGGGGUUCGAAGCUCAGUGCGCAGUCGCGGUUCGUCAUCGACAACGGCUAGUGACCCUCGCGAGAGGGUGAAGGAUUGUUGCCGAAAAUUGGUGGCGUUUAUGUGCACUCAAGUUGGAGUCGGUGGCCUCGUGGUUGGUUAUGCCAUUGUCGGAGCAUUUGGUUUCAUGUCGGUUGAGAAGGACUGGAAGAAUCCUCAAAAUGAGAUCGUUGCGAGUCUUCAUUUGAACUGUACUAGUGACAUCUGGACUUUGACUACCAGUGAAUUUGCUUUCAACGAAACUGCUUGGCGCAGUGAGGUUGACAGGGUGUUGAAAGUCUUUCAGGACGGUUUUGCGAAAGCAUAUAAGGAAGGUUAUAACGGCAGAACCAGUGAUGAAUUAUGGACCUUCCCAGCCGCCUUGAUGUUCUGCUUGGCUGUUUUUACCAUGAUCGGCUAUGGGAAUGUCGUGCCAAAAACACCACUGGGGAAAGGUCUCACCGUGCUGUAUGCAGUUUUUGGAAUUCCGUUGUAUGUGUUGUACUUCAUGAAUAUGGGGAAGGUCCUGGCCUCAACAUUCCGUUGGUUGUACAGGCGUUUGUACGAGUGUACUGAGGACGGUGUAGGCGACCGUGAUUCUGAGAGCAGUCUGCCCCCAUUGCCAGCUACCCGUAUCAUUGUCCCCUCCACGGCGUGUCUGUGGGUUAUGGGCGGUUACGUGCUCACGGGAACUAUCAUGUUCGCUGAGUGGGAAGGGUGGGAAUACCUUGACAGCACAUAUUUCUGUGUGACUAGUCUUUGCAAAAUUGGAAUCGGUGACUUUGUUCCUGGAGCAAAUAUACUUGAAGCUCUAAAUAGUGGUAAUCAGACAAAACUGGUCAUCAAUUUUGUGUAUUUGCUCUUAGGAAUGGGCCUUAUUGCAAUGUGUUUCAAUUUGAUGCGUGAAGAAAUACGGGUGAAGGUGCGUGAACUUAAGACAGAGAUGAGGCAGUGGCUGGAAGAUAUUAGAGUCCGUAUAAUAUCCAGCUAUCAGCGUAAGCGCGGCUAUUGACUUUGACAGAUGUAAAUUUGUGUGUGUAAAGUUAAACAUUUUUACCCAAUAUUUUUGUGCAUACUGUUGGUUUCAUGGGAGAAGGGUCUUUUACCCUACCUGUUUAUGAGCAGUUGAGGUCUAAGCUGUUUAUAUGUGUGUGUAAAUUUCCCAUCUGUCAAUUCAAGGACCACUGACACCAUUUUUUGAGAGAAGGCAGUUGCAUUUUAUUACCCUUGUAAUAAUAGUGUACAUAAAUUUAUUAAUCUUUUUGUCAAAUAAAUACUUUUUGUACCUAAUGA